AUGACACAAAUCUUCGACAAGCCCGCCCCCAUCCCACUUCAUUCACUCUCACGGCCCCGCGUCUUACUCAAUAGUUUCGGUGGAAAGAAAGAAAGAACAGAGCUACAGUAUGGUUUAACCGUGUGGGUCACCACGUAUCCUAUAUAUAUGUUUACCAGAAUGGCACAACGGGACGAGAACGAAUAUCUCUGGUUGAGCAAAGAAGUUAUCGCAGCUAUAGAAAAAGAAUUGAACCCUGGAGGUCUUGCGUUUCACCCACCACUUUCGUGGUCUUGCGAAAAGCUCGACUGUGCUCUCAAGGCAGCUUAUAGAGAUAAGUUUCCUCAGGCGGCACACGAACCACAGUAUAAGGGACGCGCCCUGGAAAUUGCGACAGUAGAGCUCAACAAAAUCUUGGAGGAGAGAAUCGAGAGAAUGAAGAGGUCCAUGGGCAACACUCCAAUAGUCAGUUGGAAGGAGGCCAGGCCCUUCGACGAGCCUUUUAAUCCCACGCUCGCCGGCAGCAAUAUGAAUGUUGGACGUUCACCACCAGCACAGUACAAGAAACAUAAUAGCCCACCUGCGACAACGCUGCCUACAUUGCCCUCGCAAUCGCAAUACACAGCAGCAAGCUCAAGCACUAGUGUUAGCACCGGCCGAGGUACGGGAACUACAUUGAAUGGCAAUAAUGAGGCCGCGGCUCCCAUCGCUCAGUACCCUUCGAAGUUGAAAGACCAUGAACACACACAUUUACCCGCAAAGGACUUUGCCUGUAGGCUUGGAUCAUGUACAAAAAGCUUCAAGAGAAUGCGCGAACUCAAGGCGCACGAGAAGAUCAUUCAUCCAGGCCAUCCAUCAGAACCAGAGUCGGAGUCUAGGGAUCAGGAGAUGCUUGAUGUUGGGGAGGCAGAGCUUGUGGAAGAUCAGAAGAAAUUGUCAGGGCGCCGAGAUGAGGAUAAUAAGGUUGAGAUCGAGGACGAAUCCAAGAGGGAUUCGCCUUCUCUACAGCUACGUCAGCCCUCUAAUAAGAUCUCCGAAGCCGAAGUUGCGAGCCCAACAUCUUCAUCUCCCACGCCCAAUGCUCGUGGAACAGCUACCCCGGGGCCUGAACGGCUUCCCUCCUCGGGGCCUGAACGGCUUCCCUCUUUGGGGCCUGAACGGCUUCCAUCCCCGGGACCUGAACGGCUUCCCGCUCGGGGGCCCGAACGGCUUCACUCCCCGGAGCCUGAGAAACGUCCUUCCCAACCUCCAGUCCGUCCUCCACCUCCCGAUCCUCCGACCGAUUCUAACCCGACACUGCCUGUGAUGCUUCUUAGGCCUGGUGAUAGGGAUCAUGACAGGGAAAAGAGCCUAUCACCACCACUACCACCACCAGAGGAGAGUGCACCUCAAAAGGUCGGCGAUUCAGACGCCUAUAUUAGAAAUUUGGCAGCUAAUUUACUUUUGAACUCAUCGUGA